AUGGGUCCUCUUGUUCGAGUGCUUAGAAUCGUCGACAAUGAGAAAAAACCCGCGAUGGGUUACGUGUACGAAGGUAUGGAACGAGCAAAAACUGCAAUUGCAGCAGCUUUAGGAGGAGAAGAUAAUGCAGAAGACAUUGUUGUGUCGGGAAUUAUUGACAAGAGAUGGAACUGCCAACUUCACCAUCCCUUGCACGCAGCGGGUUACUAUCUUAACCCAGAGUUUUAUUGCUACAAUGUUGACAUUGAAAGCGAUAACGAAGUGUCCCUUGGACUACAUGAAUGUAUUAACAAGCUUGAGCCUAACAAGGACACACAAGAUAAGAUUAAUGUUGAGUUUAUUCAUUGGGUGAACCAGUCUGGAUUUUUUAGUCUAGAAACAGCAAAGCGACAACACGGUAAAAUAGCACCUGUUGAAUGGUGGAAGUUGUAUGGGAAAGGCACUCCAAAUUUGCAACAACUAGUUAUUAGAGUGCUAAGUUUAACGUACAGUUCAUCCGGGUGUGAACGAAACUGGAGCACAUUUGAGCAUAUCCAUUCGAAGAAGAGGAAUCGUCUAGAGCAUAAAAAACUACAUGAUCUCGUCUAUGUUAAAUACAAUAACAUGCUAAAGAAUAGACGCGAUGUGGAUGCGGCAUAUGAUCCCAUUUCAUUGACUGAUAUUGAUGAUAGCAAUGAAUGGUUAGUAGGAAAGAUGGGUGAAGAUAGAGUUUUUACUGAUGAUGGAGAUUUGGUUUGGGAUGUUGUAGGAGAAGCGAGCGGAGCAGGGGAGCGUAUACACAAUACAAGAUCUUCACAGUCGGCUGCUUCACAGCCGUCUGCUUCGAGGGCAUCUGCUUCAAGGCCGUGUGCUUCAAGGCCGUCUGCUUCAAGGCGUUCAACUUCAAAGCCUUCUAGUUCAAGAAGAUUGGUUGAUGAAGAUUCCGAAGAAGAACAAGAGGAAGAACAAGUGAAUGCUGCUGCUGGAAAAGGCAAAGCAAUUGCUGUGGAUGACGAUUCCGACUAUGAUGAUCUUUAA